AUGCAGUUGUUUUGCCCAUCCAAGCAUACUAUAUUUCUGGACACCAACGGUGAAUCCCAUUGUGUUCCUCUCUCAGGGACUAUUCGCCUAGAUGAACCGGCAGAGCUAUCCUCGCUAAGCUUAACCCUCAUGCAAACAAUUCUAGUUGAUAAUGAGCGACACACUAGUGGAUAUUACAACCAUAAAGAACGAAGUCCAAAGAAAUGGUUCCAGCGCCACAAACCAAAGGAGCAACAGUACAACCCUAGCUCGGGAAAAAUAUCUUUUGCUACAGAAAUACUUCACUGCAAUCUUUCAACUUUGCCGACCUCGUAUCAAACCUGCGACCAUGGAUUCAGCCUAUCAAUUCCAUGCGAUAUACCCGCGUCAAUCGGAACGCUUGCAUACAACAUCUCAUAUGAGCUAGUGGCUUCAGCGACUACGACUAGUGGACGGGAUCUCACUACUCGUCAGACCUUGCAAAUCUGUAGUGUUAAAAUUCCUGGUCCCCAGGAAGUGUUCCACUAUGUUCGAACAUUUCCGGAAACAAAGCUACGCGCUGAGUUCAUCCUCUGUCCUCAGUUAUUGGCAUCAGAUGAACAGAGAUCCGGCAAACAUAUAUCUGCUCAGCUCCUACUACGAGAUGUUGCCACGCCAGGGCCUCGUCACGGUGAACUUACCAUGGUGGUAGUGAAAGAAGUGACGUGGCACGUGGAAGAAAUCCAGAAAUGGAAUCUACAGCAUACAGAAGGCAAACCGAUAACAAUAACGAGGCAGAAACGAACAAUAGCAACUAGUGGACUCAAAGGCCGGUGGACUGGUGCGAAACUCGAUGCCGUGAAUGUUGGGGCCGAGGAUACAAGGAUCCCCAUUCCGUUUGAUAUCACUAUCGACAGCGGUGCAGAUGCAUUAACCGAUUUCACGUCCGAGCACUCGCUAUCAGCACCGUUUCUGGCUGUGAAACAUCGAUUGACAGUGACUGUUGUGACGGGUAGCGAGACUGUUAAUAGGGAAACUGGGUCGUUGGUGGACAAAAGAGACACUGUGCGUGUUUUGGGUGCGACAGUGCCGAUACCUGUGCAUGAGUAUGCUGAAGCUUCAGUGGUAUCUGAGCGGCUUGGGGCCUCGGAUGGAAUGUUGCCGCAGUAUGACGGGUCUGGGACGCCUCCGAAUUAUUCGGAGUUACUUCAACGAUGUAUAUAA